GGAGUCCCUAUACCAUGGAAAGUGCACCCAAAUAUGGGAGGGGGGAAUUAUGAAGUGGCAAACAGUAGACUACAGAGUUUGAAGCGUAGAUUGUUGAAAGAUGACAUUCUGUAUAUCAAGUAUACAAAUGGUAUUGAAAGGCUUCCGACUAUGAAAGGGAUUCUAUUCAUAGUUUCUUCUCUGUUCGAUCCUUUGGGUUUAAUUGCUCCGGUCUGUCUUCCUGCCAAGGUCCUCUUGCAAAAAUUAUGUAAGUCCCAAAUAGGCUGGGAUCAGCCUCUCAACGAGCCAUACAAGUCCGCGUGGCCAAAUUGGGUAAAAUUUAUGCGUCAAACAGGUCCCAGAUUUGCAGGACUUCAAAGAUUCGUCGCUCGAGAUGUUGUUCAGAAAGCUCUUGUGGAAUUAGGCGUGUAUAGAGGUGAGAAAGAUAAUCCUGUGGUUGUACCGAUGUGUUCUCAAAGCAAAGAUAUUGUUGAACCAUUGUUGAAACCUCAAUGGUACCUACGUUGUAAGGACAUGGCUAAUGCGGCAAUGAAGGAGGUAUCUGAAGGCCGCUCACGUAUUAUUCAUAGUUUCCAUAUUCGUACAUGGAAUAAUUGGCUUAAAGAUUGUCAGGAUUGGUGUAUUUCUCGACAAUUAUGGUGGGGACAUCAUAUUCCUGCUUGUCAUGUUUCGAUUCGACGUCCUGGCGUAGAUAAUUUAGAAGUUUUAGAUCCUACAGAUCAUAAUUCAUGGGUAGUUGGUCAUACAAUCGAAGAAGCACUUCAAAAGGCCUGUGAUAAUUUCCAUUGUUCACCAGAUAACUUAACUUUAAACCAAGAUAAUGAUGUAUUAGAUACGUGGUUCUCUUCACAACUAUUUCUAUUAUCUGGAUUUGGUUGGCCUGAACAAAUACCAGAUUUAAAGGCUUAUUAUCCUGGUAGUUUAUUAGAAACUGGGCAUGAUAUUAUAUUUUUCUCGGUUGCACGUAUGGUUAUGAUUGGUUUGAAAUUAAUGGGACAAUUACCAUUUCAUACGGUCUAUUUACAUGCUAUGGUUCGUGAUGCUCAUGGCAAAAAAAUGAGUAAAUCUUUGGGUAAUUCAGUCGAUCCAGUAGAUGUCAUCAAUGGAAUAUCUUUAGAAGGCUUACAAAAACAACUAGAACAAGGGCACGCAGGAACGUCCCAAGUAUUGGCUAUAAUUCGAAAAUGGUAUUGGAUAAUGAAGGCAACCAGCACGGUUAAGAGAGUGAUAGGUAUGUGUGUGACAUGCCGGCGGUUUACGAUGAAUACAGGGCAACAGUUGAUGGCGCCGCUUCCAGCUUGUAGAGUUCAACCAGGAUGGUAUAGCUUCUCAGCCGUGGGAGUAGACUACUUUGGACCACUUGUUGUCAAGAGAGGAAGAUCAUUAGAAAAAAGGUAUGGAUGUAUAUUUACUUGCUUGCAAACCCGAGCAGUACAUAUUGAACUGACACACAGUUUGAAUACUGAUUCGUUUAUAAUGGCCUUGCUACGUUUUAUUGGAAGAAGAGGGAAACCUGCAGAAAUUUACAGUGACAAUGGGUCAAAUUUUGUGGGUGCGGUCUCUGAGUUAAGGAGAUUUGUGCAACAGUUGAAUCAACAGAAAAUAGACAAAGAACUGUCAGCUAGGCAGAUUCAGUGGCAUUUUAACCCGCCCUCAGCCAGCCACAGGGGUGAGGUUUGGGAAAGGAUGAUUAGGUCCAUACGCCGACUGUUAUUGCUGAUAACUAGAGAGCAGACUCUAACCGAUGAGACUUUAAACACUUAUUUGAUUGAGAUUGAAAGGAUAUUGAACGAUCGACCCUUAACUCCGGUCGUUCAAGAUGCUAACGAUAAACUAGCUUUGUCGCCAAACAGUUUGUUGUUAUUGAGAGAAUGUGACGGAAUAGUCGAAGAAGGUAGCAUCAGAGAUAAAUAUGACAAACGUUGGAAACAGGUUAAUCAUCUUGCUAAUGUGUUUUGGAAAAGGUGGUUAAGAGAGUAUUUACCAUCCCUACAAAAACGUCAAAAGUGGUUAGUUGAACACCGCAAUUUUCAGAAAGGGGAUGUAGUGAUCGUGGCUUCGGACAUAUCGACGCGUGGAAAAUGGCCCUUAGGAGUAGUUGAAGAUUGUGAAAUAGAUGACGACGGAAGAGUUAGAACAGUGGUUGUUCGUACGAACGGUGGAUUAGUCAGGAGAGAUAUACGUAGAUUAUGCCUCCUUGAAGGCUCGAAUUAGUUCCUCGUAUUAUCAAUGUAGGUAGGUCGAGUAGGCGUACUGUUGUAAGUCCUAUUCAUUCCUAUAGUGUCAUAUGCUACAUAAUGAACCAUGACCAUAGGCAUCAAGGUAGCUUGUGUGAUAUGGAGGGAUUUUGGGGGCCGGUGUAAGAUCCAUUUUGAAUGCUUUGUGUGUUCGUGAAAAUCCCUCCAUGUAUAUACUUGCACUUUGUUCCUAUUGAUUCUUUUAGUCGUACAAUGUUAACUUUUUGACUACAGUUGAAUUGUUAAUAUUUGUAUUUUAUUAUAGUUUUCGUUUUUACCACACCUUCACUAAUUCCCUAUGCUUCUUCCCGAACUGCACUUAUGUUGUUUUACUUUAUACUAAGUCUUGGCGGCAGCCAUUUUGGUUUGUUCCUGUUUGUGAUUGCUUGACCUGCGUUGACUGGGACUGUGCAUUUUUGUUGUGAAUUGAAGCACUCUUCCAGAAUUGAAAACACUCUGGGUUAUAGAGCGACCAAGUAUUACCUUUUGAACGAAUCUGUACGUGAUCUAUCCAGACAGGAUAGAAUAACAUUUAUUUGUGGUGAUUGGUAAUUUUCUUGCAUCCUUUAUCAACGUUCUUAUUUAUUAUAGUUUAGAGUUGAUCAAUUAAACAAUUAUUGGUUGGAUAGCUGAGUGGUUAUAUUUGUUUAGGUAAUAAUGUACACUUAAAUUUAUGAUAAAUUAUAGAACCGCUAUCUUACCC